AUGUUUGAAGGGAGACAUCAUCAGCAACAUCGUGGUCCUCCCCAUGGAAUCCUACUAGCAAUAGUAGUAUCCAUAGUGGUGCUAGCUCCAUUCAUCUUUGGUGACCAAGGUGAAGCCAUGACUGAGGCUUUUGCUGAGCUUUUAAGCCCAAUGGGUCUCUUGCUCUUGCCCAUUAUCCUUCUCUUGACCAUCCAGUUCCUCUCUUCAGGUCGUGGCUCCUUUGUCUCUACCGUCUUCUCUACUGGUGAGCCCGACUCCAUUCACCGAGUUAGUGGAUCACCUGUUGGUGUUGCUCUCUUUCUUUUUCUCAUCUUGUUCUUGCUUUACAAUCGUAUGUCCAUCUUUGGUGGUGAUGAUGACUCUGCCUUAGUUGACAUCUUGGUUGCCAAAACACAGGCUUGGGAAGAGGAUUAUCGCAUACUGUUUGCAUAUGAUGCCUUGGUUGACACCUUGGUUGCCAAAACACGGGCUUGGGAAGAAGAUUGUGGCAUACUGUUUGCAUAUGAUGGUGUGCCUCUCCUUGCCAUGCUAGAUGAAUAUGCUAUGCUCAGGCAAGAAAGAGAAGAAGAGAAGCAGAGGAUGAGUUUCAGUUUUACCUAA